AUUCGGUUCAAAGACGCCGUGGGUCGAAAGUUCAACUUCCCAUUCCACCUGUGCAAGACUUGGAAGGGAAUGGAAGACCUUAUCAAGCAAGCCUUCCUGCACGUCGACGUGCUCGGCCAGCACGUCCACGAGGGCCACUACGACCUCGUCGGCCCGGACGGCGAGAUCAUCCUCCCGCAGGUCUGGGAGGUAGUCAUCCAGCCC